AUGGCAGACAUCCAGACUCCGACCGAAGCGUCUCUCUAUUCGACCACGAGUCUCCGCCCCGAAUACACUGUCCUCAAUGGGAAAGAAGGAGGAACACAUAUCUCUCUGUCUGAAGUCAGGCCGGAUUCCAAAUCAACACCUACACCUACACCUACACCGACAUCGACAGCGACGGGUGUGAACGGAACGACGAGCACAGGCACGAUGACGAUCACCAACGGCGUCAGUCAUGCGGCAACAGCAACAGAAACGGCGACACCCACCUCUACUCCAGUACCGGCACCGGCAGCGGCCAGCGAAGAAAGAGACGACUCCAAUGACCCUCCCUUAUUCUCGCCGGCGCUGAUCAGCGACGAAGUUUCGGCCAGUCUGCCCGAGGGCUACACCAUCCGACCACUGCGAAGAAGUGAUUACUAUGGCGGUAUGUACUCUCAACACAACACACAACAAACACCAACAAGUCCGAUAUCUGGGUCAUCAUGA